GAGCCUGCGCGGGCUGCUGGGAAAAGGAGGAGCGCAGGCGCGGGGAGGGGAGGAGCCAGCCUCGGUGACUCCGGGUGCGCCCAGGUCCUGCUGGUGUUUGGGGCCCCGCAGCUGGGGGAGGAGCCGGCGCCUUCACCGUGGUAACCGCAGCGUCGCAGCCGCCUCCGCCGCCCCUCCCUGCCUGGGCCCUGCCGGCCUCGGGACUGUCAUCACCUUCUGGGGGUGUGAGGAGCGUUCUUCCCCGCGGCUGCCCCCGGAAAUACCGCGCCGGCCUCCCGCCGAGACCCGCCCCAGGCCCCGCCGCCGUAGCCGCCAUGCAAGGCGAAGAUGCCCGAUACCUCAAGAGGAAGGUUAAAGGAGGAAAUAUUGAUGUUCAUCCAUCAGAAAAGGCACUUAUUGUUCAAUAUGAAGUGGAAGCUACCAUUCUUGGAGAAAUGGGGGAUCCCAUGCUGGGAGAACGGAAGGAAUGUCAAAAAAUAAUUCGUCUGAAGAGUCUCAAUGCCAACACUGAUAUCACUUCCUUGGCUCGGAAAGUGGUUGAAGAGUGUAAACUCAUUCAUCCCUCAAAACUAAAUGAGGUAGAACAGCUGUUAUACUACUUACAGAACCGGCGUGAUGCCUUGUCAGGGAAAGAAAAAAAAGAAAAAUCUAGCAAGCCUAAAGAUCCACCUCCUUUUGAAGGAAUGGAGAUUGAUGAAGUGGCUAAUAUUAAUGAUAUGGAUGAGUACAUUGAGUUGUUGUAUGAAGAUAUUCCUGACAAGGUGCGCGGUUCUGCCUUGAUCCUGCAGCUUGCUCGGAAUCCUGAUAACUUGGAAGAACUACUGCUUAAUGAAACUGCCCUUGGUGCAUUAGCCAGAGUACUGAGAGAAGACUGGAAGCAAAGUGUAGAACUGGCUACUAACAUAAUAUAUAUUUUCUUCUGCUUUUCCAGUUUUUCUCAAUUUCAUGGGCUAAUCACUCAUUAUAAAAUUGGAGCUCUAUGUAUGAAUAUAAUUGAUCAUGAACUGAAGAGACAUGAACUGUGGCAAGAGGAACUUUCUAAGAAAAAGAAAGCUGUUGAAGAAGACCCUGAAAACCAAACUAUGAAAAAAGAUUAUGAAAAAACCUAUAAGAAGUACCAAGGUUUGGUGGUAAAGCAGGAGCAGCUCUUACGAGUUGCUCUUUAUUUGCUUUUGAACCUUGCUGAGGAUACUCGGACUGAGCUAAAAAUGAGGAACAAGAACAUAGUUCAUAUGCUAGUGAAGGCACUUGAUCGAGAUAAUUUUGAACUCCUAAUUCUGGUGGUAUCUUUCCUAAAGAAGCUUAGCAUUUUCAUGGAAAACAAAAAUGAUAUGGUAGAAAUGGACAUUGUCGAAAAAUUGGUGAAAAUGGUACCUUGUGAACAUGAAGAUCUCCUAAAUAUCACCCUAAGACUUUUGUUAAAUCUGUCCUUUGAUACUGGACUGAGAAACAAGAUGGUGCAAGUUGGACUACUUCCCAAACUCACCGCACUUUUAGGAAAUGAAAAUUACAAGCAAAUAGCAAUGUGUGUUCUCUACCAUAUAAGCAUGGAUGACCGAUUUAAAUCAAUGUUCGCAUAUACUGAUUGUAUACCACAGCUAAUGAAAAUGCUCUUUGAGUGCUCAGAUGAACGAAUUGACCUAGAGCUCAUCUCCUUCUGCAUCAAUCUUGCUGCUAACAAGAGGAAUGUACAACUUAUUUGUGAAGGAAAUGGACUGAAGAUGCUUAUGAAGAGGGCUCUAAAAUUCAAGGAUCCGCUGCUGAUGAAGAUGAUUAGGAACAUUUCACAGCAUGAUGGACCAACUAAAAAUUUGUUUAUUGAUUAUGUUGGGGAUCUUGCAGCCCAGAUCUCUAAUGAUGAAGAAGAAGAAUUUGUGAUAGAAUGUUUGGGGACUCUAGCAAAUCUUACUAUCCCUGACUUGGACUGGGAGCUGGUUCUCAAAGAGUACAAGUUGGCCCCAUACCUCAAGGAUAAACUUAAACCAGGUGCUGCAGAAGAUGAUCUUGUUUUAGAAGUGGUUAUAAUGAUUGGAACUGUGUCUAUGGAUGAUUCCUGUGCGGCAUUGCUAGCCAAAUCAGGAAUCAUUCCUGCACUCAUUGAAUUGCUGAAUGCUCAACAAGAAGAUGAUGAGUUUGUGUGUCAGAUAAUAUAUGUCUUCUACCAGAUGGUUUUCCACCAAGCUACUAGAGAUGUCAUCAUCAAGGAAACACAGGCUCCAGCUUAUCUUAUAGACCUAAUGCAUGACAAGAAUAAUGAGAUCCGCAAAGUCUGUGAUAACACAUUAGACAUCAUAGCGGAAUAUGAUGAAGAGUGGGCUAAGAAAAUUCAGAGUGAGAAGUUCCGCUGGCAUAACUCUCAGUGGCUUGAGAUGGUAGAGAGUCGUCAGAUGGAUGAGAGUGAACAGUACUUAUAUGGAGAUGAUCGAAUUGAACCAUACAUCCAUGAAGCAGAUAUCCUUGAAAGACCUGACCUGUUCUACAGUUCAGAUGGAUUGAUUGCUCCUGAAGGUGCCAUGAGUCCAGAUUUCUUCAAUGAUUAUCACCUUCAGAAUGGAGACUUAGUGGGGCAACAUUCCUUUCCUGGAAGCACUUUUCAUCCAAGGAUUUCGAAAUGCUUUACAAAUAUGCACUAAAUAAGCCUAACAAACAGCUGAGUCAUGGAGUGGAUGGUUUUGGCCAGCCAGUUGGCAUCCUUGGACGCCCUGCCACAGCUUAUGGAUUCCGCCCUGAUGAACCUUACUACUAUGGCUACGGAUCUCGCUAAAAGUCACCCCUGCCCCGGUUCCUUUUUGAUGUGUCCUCCCAACUUGCUAGAAAACAGUAUGUGUUUAGCUACUUUGGACCUUGGCCUGGUAAUGCAUGUUGAUACCACCGCAGGUCUGUGUGAUGUUUCCUUUUUUAUAUGUUGUUAGCUGAUGGUUAAGCCCAACUCUUUCUUCUUGUGUUAAUGUUGCUGGUGGUGAUAUAGUUCACACAUCAGGCUAAAUUUUGAGGUUGUACAGUAUUUGCCAUGGGAUUUGAAAGUAAAUGUUAAAAAGCUACUGGACUGGAAAGUAAACACUACAUUAUGUAUAUUAAGCAAUUAAUUUAAUUUCUAUUAAAAACAAGAAGCUCACAGUGCUGAUAAACAAG